GUUUUCUCUGGCCCAUAGUUUCUGUUGCACGUAGUUUUCUCCUGCAUCGGCAUUGGCAGUGAGUAAUUGAUCUGAUUGAGAUUUGAAUCUCUUCCAGUGAGAGACGGUGGUAUGGCGCAGAAAAGAUACAUUAUUGAGGUAGAGAAGGCGAAAGAGGCCAGUGAUGGAAGGCCAACCAUGGGUCCUGUGUACCGCAGCCUCUUUGCCAAGGAUGGAUUUCCGCCUCCUACUCCUGGUCUUGACACUUGUUGGGACAUUUUCCGUUUGUCUGUUGAGAAAUACCCUGCGAGUCCAAUGCUUGGCCGACGAGAAAUAGUGGAUGGGAAACCUGGAAAGUACAACUGGCUCAGCUACAAAGAAGUAUAUGACUUGGUGAUGAAAGUCGGAAAUUCCAUCCGCAGUAGUGGUUAUGGGGAAGGUGUAAAGUGUGGCAUUUAUGGCGCCAAUUGUCCAGAGUGGAUUAUAAGCAUGGAGGCCUGCAAUGCUCAUGGGCUUUAUUGUGUUCCUUUAUAUGAUACCUUAGGUGCUGGGGCUGUAGAAUUCAUCAUAUGCCAUUCAGAAGUUUCAAUUGCAUUCUCAGAAGAGAAGAAGAUUCCUGAGCUAUUGAAGACUUUUCCAAACACAACAAAGUAUCUUAAGACACUUGUGAGCUUUGGAAAGGUUACACCAGAACAAAAGCAAGAAGUUGAAAAUUUUGGGUUGGCAAUAUAUUCAUGGGAAGAAUUCUUACAACUGGGUCAUGGUCAAAGUUUUGAACUCCCUGUUAAACAGAGAAGUGACAUCUGUACUAUAAUGUAUACUAGUGGAACCACUGGUGACCCCAAGGGGGUUAUGAUUUCCAAUGAAAGCAUUAUUACACUAUUGGCUGGGGUUAAGCGGCUAUUAGAAAGUGUGAAUGAACGAUUACAUGAAAAGGAUGUAUACCUUUCAUAUCUUCCACUUGCACAUAUAUUUGAUAGAGUCAUUGAGGAACUCUUUAUAUGGCAUGGCGCCUCAAUAGGAUUCUGGCGUGGGGAUGUCAAACUGUUGAUUGAAGACAUUGCGGAACUAAAACCAUCAAUAUUUUGUGCUGUUCCUCGUGUGCUUGAUAGAAUAUACUCAGGUUUGACACAAAAGAUUUCUUCAGGGGGCUUCCUGACAAAGACAAUGUUCAAUUUUGCUUACUCAUACAAGUUUCAUAAUAUGAUGAAAGGGGAAAAUCAUCAAGAGGCAUCUCCACUUUUUGAUAAAAUUGUGUUUAAAAAGGUAAAGGAAGGCUUAGGGGGCAAUGUACGCCUGAUUUUGUCUGGAGCAGCACCUCUAUCUGCACAUGUGGAACGUUUCCUGAGGGUGGUGGCUUGUGCUUAUGUCCUACAAGGAUAUGGUCUGACUGAAACCUGUGCUGGAACCUUCGUUUCAUUACCAAAUGAAUUGGGAAUGCUUGGUACAGUUGGCCCUCCUGUACCAAAUGUUGAUGUGUGCUUGGAAUCUGUUCCUGAAAUGGGAUACGAUGCACUCUCUAGCCGACCAAGAGGAGAAAUCUGUGUAAGGGGAAGCACCUUAUUUUCAGGGUACUACAAACGUGAAGACCUCACAAAGGAGGUUUUGGUUGAUGGAUGGUUCCAUACAGGGGAUAUUGGAGAGUGGCAACCAGAUGGAGCCAUGAAAAUAAUUGACCGGAAGAAGAAUAUAUUUAAACUUUCACAAGGAGAAUAUGUUGCUGUCGAGAACCUGGAGAAUAUAUAUAGUCAAGUUCCUGCCGUUGAUUCUAUAUGGAUCUAUGGCAACAGUUUCGAGGCCUUCCUUGUUGCUGUUGUUAAUCCCAAUAAGCAAGCACUUGAAAGUUGGGCAGAAGAAAAUAAUAUAAAUGCUGAGUUCAAGUCUCUAUGUGAAGAUUCCAGGGCAAAAAAUUACAUAAUCGAAGAGCUAACUAAACUUGGGAAGGAAAAGAAGUUAAAAGGUUUUGAGCUUAUAAAAGCUGUUCAUCUCGAACCAGUACCAUUUGACAUGGAACGUGACCUCAUCACUCCGACUUAUAAGAAGAAGAGGCCUCAGCUGCUCAAAUACUACCAGAAUGUUAUUGACAAUAUGUACAAGAGCGGAGGCAAAUAGGGUGCCUGAGAUAAGCUUUGGCAGGUUAUAGUCAUGAUGGAGUUCAUUUAUUUUCUGCAAUAAGAUUGCACUAAUUUUUGUCAAUUUUUUCUUUUGAUGACUGUAUAUAUGAAUAAUCAUAGAUAGCAGAUAAAUAUGAUGUAGCUGCUUAACUUUAAAAUACUAACUGAUGUGUUUGAGUAGGUAAAAUUAUUAAGUUUAUACAAUUUGUUUUUAAC